AUGGUGUUCCGGAUCUGUGUUUUCGUUGCCCUCCUUCAACUCGUUGCCGCCGACUGCGAUGCGACCACCCAGGCAGCUAUUGUCCAAUGCUACACUCCAUUUCUACAUUAUUACGGCCUAACCCCUGUUAAUGGCACUUUGCCUCCCUACAACUUCGUGGAAACGGCCAUGUCGAACAAGUUCGACCAGCAGGGAAAACAGGCUGCUCAGGAUAUGUGCGCACAUAGCAGAAUUACUCCGCUCGUGCUUGAACGCGACGAUGUACCCGAUCGAUUACAACUGCUACAACCAUAUUGUGCUGGAGCUCAAGCUUUCCUCGACGAGUUCUACUGCAUCCGCGCGACUCAAGCCAACCAAGCAAACAAGAUCCAGGAUUGCCGCACCGAUCUGGAACACGACCUCAACGGGAUGCAGCUUUGCGAUGCCUUCAACAAAUUCAUCUCGUGCAAUUCUCUCAUCUACGCGAAGGCGUGCGACUUCAACGCCGGAGUCUUAAUCUGUAACAUCUUCAAAUAUACAGGGGACACCUACUACGAAUACUGCCAAGGGAAAGGCCAGCGGGCAGCGUGCCCCAACUACCGCGUCAGCCCGAAAUUCUUGUUUCGCAAAAAAAUC